ACAACAUAGAGGAACUGACAAAUGCAGAGUUGUCCGUCACUUGGAGAAAGAUACAAAGACAUGAAAUUAGAGUGGAGAAGAGGAAAUGCAAAGGAAAGUGACGAAGAAUCAGACGAGUAGAAUGGAGAUAUUUUUCCUCAUUUUGAUCUUUCUUGAGGGAGGAUUAUGGGAGACUGAAGCGAUGUCAGUGACAGGAGUGGUGCACAGGGAGGUCACAAUAAAAUGCUCUCACACCAACGCAGAUUCCAACGUCAAAUAUUUCUGCAGGGGAGAAUGUAGAACUGAAGACGUCCUAAUAAGAAGCAGAGAAAAGAAUAACGAUUCACGGGGGAAAUACAGUAUAAGAGAUAAUGGAAAUAUAUUCUACGUGACCAUUUCUCAUCUGACAGAGGAUGACUCAGGGACUUACUGGUGUGGAAUUGAUAGAAUUGGUUUGGACACAUACAGUGAAGUAAUCCUCACAGUCAUAAAAGGAGAAACACAGGACCCCGAAAAUGGCAUGCCACAGUCAGAGAUGCUGGUGUAUAUCGGAGCAGGUCUCGGUGGAGUUGUGCUGGCUCUGGGAACGGUACUCCUAAUAUUCGUCAGGCAUCGAAACAGACACAACAGCGCAUCUUCUGGAAAGGACCAUAACACUGUCCGUGCAGCCCCCUCCCGUCUUAAACAAGACCCAGACCACAUCACCACUGCCCCUUCAACAGCUAAUGAAGAUGAAGACACAGACAGCAGGACUAACAGCAUCCUCAGCUCAUCGGCUGGUCGGCACCAAGAUACCAGCGGAAAUCAAGCUGAUGAUUUAUACUCCAACGUCACCAUUUUGUCAGAGACUCAAGACCAAGCAGAGGGCCUCUUUUACUCCACUAUCAUUUUCAACAAACACACAAAUUGCACCACCGUCACACCUAACCCUGCACUGGUCACAUACUCCACCAUUGCACCACUGCAUAAAUCAACAGAUGAGUCAGCAGCUUAUAAUAAUGUCUGAACUGGUGUGUGAGUAUCAUCCUGUGCUGUAAGAGUAUGUGUCAUGCUAAACAGUAAAUACUCACUGCUCACACACAUUUCUAAGAUUAAAUUCACAGGUUGUUGUAAAUUAAUUGUUUUAAUAUUUCUGAAUUAAUUUAUUAUUUCACACAGGACAAGUAUUACAAGAAAGACCCUAAAGACAGAGAAACGAGAAACCCCUCUAAAUGAUUUAUGAAAAAAAUACAUUAUGUGCCAUAGAUCUGAGAUUUUAUCCCAGUAAAAUAACAUUGUAAAAUUAAUUUCUUCUCUGUUUAUUUUUGUACUUUCCAAUGAGUGUCUUUCUGUGGUUGAUUAUGGUGAGGAAGUGAAACAUGUCAACACUCGCCAGUGACCCAUAACAGGCAAAACUCACAUAAAAACGCACGUUUGUACCUUUCAGUUACCUAAAGCAUUCUCUAGCCUCUUACUGUAACUUUAACCAUCACAACUGAAUAACUAACCCCAACCUUUACCCUAACCCUAACCCUAACUUAAACCCUCUUAAACUUAAACCCUGGAUACCUCCUCCCUGCCUUUCUUUGACAGCCCCUGUACCUUUCAAACCUCCUCUUGUCACCUCACAUCCUCGUAUUUCAACCAACACCAGCAAUCAGCAAAGAUCAGCAUGAAUUACUGGUUAUUUAAACUGCGUGUUUAACGUAUUGUGUCAUUCUCUCAGAGAAUGAUUUCUGUUCUCCAUGUGCAUCUUAAUAAGAAUAGCUCUUUAUCUGUGUGCAAACAAACAGGCUGAUUAUCUGUUUUCUGUUUCCUUUGUCUGGCCUCUUUCUCAGUAACAGAGAGUCGGUGAAGCAACAAUGUGAUCUUCACCACCUAAAGGUUUGCAUACAGGUGACACCACACACAACAGUUUAUUCAGGUGCACGGUAACCCAAAAUGUCUUUGCUGGGGAAUAUCUGAGGCUCAGAUAUUUUCUAUCAUAAAAGUCUUGGUAAUGGUGCCAUCUGGUGGUCAGUUAUUUAUACAUCACCUUUUUAAACAUAUGCAAUUAAAGUGCUUUACUUAAGGCCAAGAAACAUUGAAGCAACAUGUAAAAGCAAAAUAAAAAUAAAAAUGAAACAAAUUAACAAAUGGCAUGAAAUAAACUAAAAUCAAAUUACGCACAAAAAUAAGUUUCACUGCAGUUGUGGGUAAAAAAUCCAAGGAACAGGAAUUUUUUUAAAUUUAGACUUGCAACUGUCCACACAAGUUGGAGUCAUUUUGUUUUCAGACACAUUCCUGUUUUUAUUCCUAUCAGUAAUCACAUUGGAAGAGAUUGAUCAAUAAAGUU